AUGGGUGGCAGGAUCUUUGGCUGUUCUCGCGAUCAUCUUCAUGUGCUGGCAGCGAUGAAGUUCAGAAAGUUGAAGCAGUUGGCGAUGAUGAACUUGCAAAAUCAGAACAACCCGAUUUAUGGAGGCAGCUUGAAUCCCCUUCCUCCCAACUAUUACCCCAACCAACAAUACUCCAAUCAACAGUUUUCCAACCAGGCAUAUCCCAAUCAGCCUACAACAAUCAACAGUAUCAGAAUGGCUAUGCGCCUCCCAGUCAUCUUCAUCCAUGGGAACAGCGAUGUGGCUUUCGGAAGAGGCACGCAAGAUGGCUAUCUAUCUUGGCAGACCGGUUUCAGAGAGCUUGCCACCUACUUCGGCUCUCAGGGGUACUCAAAGGCUGAGCUUUACACCACCACAUGGGGACCAGCCAACUACACUGUUGCCUACCAGAACAACCACGCCAAAAAGUACGUCCAGCGUAUGAGGGCGUUUGUCGAAGCAGUCCUUGCCUAUACAAAUGCCACCCAGGUGAACAUAAUCGGCCACUCGAUGGGAGUAAGCAUCGGUCGUAAGGUGGUCAAGGGGGGAAGCGCAGAGGAUUAG